AUUAUGAAUAUAAUAAUGUCUAAAAUUAAACGAAAUUUUUUUUUGAUAUUUUUUAAAGUAGUAAUUAAAAAUAUUUAUUAAAGCAAAGAACUAUUACAACUGGAAGACCUGAUAAUUAAUUACCAAAUAAUAAAAUUCAAACAAAUAAAUAUACAUGCUUAAAUUUUAUUCCAAAAAACUUAUAUUUAUAGUUCACAAAGAUAUCCAAUUUAUAUUUCUUGUUUAUUGGUGUAUUAUAAAUAUUUCCUUAAAUAUCUAUUUCUGAUGGAAUUCCUGUUAUAUUUUUGCCUUUAAUAGUCAUAAUUUUAAUUUCUUCUAUGAAAGAUUUUAUUGAAGAUUUAAAAAGAAUAAAAUAAGACAAAAAUGAAAAUGACUUAAAAAUCGAGGUUUUUGAUAAAGAAACAAAUUAAUUCAAACUUAAAAAAUGGAAAGAAUUAUAUUCUGGUCAUAUUAUAAGAGUUUUUAAUAAUUAGUAUUUUCCAGCUGAUGCUGUUUUACUUUUUACAUCAGAAUAAAAUGGCAUUUGUUAUGUAGAAACUAAAAAUCUAGAUGGAGAAACUAAUUUAGAUUUAAAAUUUGUAGAUUAGAGAAUAUAAAAAUACAUAUAAAGUGAAAAAUAAUUAGGUAAAAAAUUUAUGAAAUUAACAUAUGAACCUCCAAACCCAUACAUAAAUCGUUUCAAUGGAAAUAUGUAUUCUAAAACAGAUGAUGUAAUACCUUAAAGUAUAUAGAAUAUAGUAUUAAGAGGUUGCUCGUUAAAAAAUACAGAAUAUGCAAUAGCAGUAGUAGCAUAUACAGGUCAUCAUUCUAAAAUAAUGUAUAAUCUAUUAAAAUCAAAUACAAAGAAAAGCUCUUUAGAAAUAAAAAUGGAAAUCUAAAUUAUAAAUAUAUUCGUAAUUUAAAUCAUUGUAUGUAUGUUCUGUGCAGGUAUGUAUUUAAUAUGGUAUUCUCAAAAUAUAGAUUAGUUAAGCUAUUUAUUAUAUGAAAUGGAUGAAAAAAAAACUUAUGAAAAUGUUUUAUUUAUAAAUUUUUUUUUGAGAUUUGGAAAUUGGUUACUUAUAUUUACUAAUUUUAUACCUAUUAGUCUUCUUGUAACAUUGGAAUUGGUUAAAUUUAUAUAAGGAAUAUUUAUGAACAUUGACGAAAAAAUGAAUUCAGCAUAAGUUCAAGCAUCAAACCUUAAUGAGAUAAUUAGGUUAAGUAAAUUACAUAUUUUCUGA